UGGUAAGUAGCGUACGUCUCCUGAAAAUAUCUGAAUCAUGAAAUCAAACGAUGGAUUAAGGUUAUGGCUUGUUGUCAUUCAGCUGUUGGUGGUUCUGAAAACAGGUUUUGUAAGCGGUCAAUGCACCAUAACAUCAUCCACGAUUCCGUAUACUGAGGAACUUCCUAUAGGUUUCGUUCUUACCAAUUUGACUACUAGCUCCUGGACUUUCGUAUCCUCUCAGCCCCCUGAUUACAUAGUCCUUGAUAUAGACUCUUUUGGUUAUUAUUAUCUAAAGGCUGCAAAAAAAAUCGACGUGGAAGAUAUGAAGGGCACCCUGAUCAAGGUUACUUUAAACUGUAACGGAAACAAAAUAUUACUGUUCCCCGUGAGUGAUAGAAACGAAUUUUCACCAAUUUUCUCGUCACCUUCAUACACAGUUCAAGUACCAGAGGAUGCAAGCCCUGGUACCGUUGUGUUUAAAGCGGCUGAUCAUGUAACUGAUGAGGACUUUACCAAAACGCUCAAAUUCUCGGCCUUGAGUCAACCCACUGGUCAGGUACCCGAUGGUGUCGCCUCAGGUAUGUUCGAAGUUGCCGCCAAUGGUGACGUAAAAGUUAAAGGAACUUUAGACUACGAGAAGCAAACGGAAUAUUCUUUUGAAAUAGAAGUAAAGGAACCCCCCUUCAGCAACACGACGAAACUCACAAUUACUUUGCAGAAUAUCGACGACACAGGACCUACUUUCAACGUCAGCGUAAUAGGAAAAGAUGCCUUUUAUAUUACUACAAUUAGUGUCUACCACAUGGGCGAAAUCCCUAUUGCAGGAGGUCCUAUUUUUGCGGAGGAUACCGAUACAAAGCAGUACGCAGUAAUUUACACCCCACUAACCGGUCCCAUGAGCAGUUACUUCAGCAUUGAUAGCUCUUCGGGAAAAGUGUCUGUGAUAAAGAAGUUACCUGAGGAUACGAAUUCACCCAUAAGGCUUUCCUUUACGGCCGAAGACGUGUCGCCGAAAAAGCUAGCAACCGGAGCCACUUUAGGUAUUAUACUAAAUAAAGAGUCACAUUUCUUUCAAUGCAAGGUUUUGGCUGCGAGGCAAGACGUUUGCUUCCCAAUCACAUGAUUACGAGUACUUUGGCCAAGAAUCUUCUGCUAUAGCCUCCAGCCG